CUGGACAAAAUUCAUUGUAUUAAAGAUUUACAAUGGAAGGCAUCAAUGAAGAUACAUUAAAUGACAUCCUUGACGCCAUUCAAGCCGUCGAUCCUGAAUUUAUCGUAGCAGUGGACAACGAUUACAUUCAGCAACCGUACGUUGAGAUUUUAGAGCAGCCGGCUAAAGCGCUACGAUUUCGCUAUGAAAGCGAAAGCUCGGCCAGCAGCGUAUUUGGUGUCAACAGUACACCGGAGAACAAAACAUUCCCUAGUAUACGAAUUGUGGGCUACCAAGGUCGCGCUAUGGUGGUUGUGUCCUGUGUAACAAAGGACGCUCCAUAUAAACCUCAUCCACACAAUCUCGUUGACAAAGAGGUGUGCAAGCAGGGUGUUUGUACGGUAGAGAUUCCGUCAUCAAAUAUGGCUAUUACUUUCUCGAAUUUGGGCAUUCAAUGUGUAAAAAAGAAAAACAUCGAAGAGGCUCUCAGAGUGCGUCAGAAGUUACGAGUGGAUCCUUUUGGAA